UUAUGGACUCCAAGAAUUUUUAUGUUCCCCAAAUUCCUCUCCACUUCAAUUCAAUUAUAAUUUAUUUCUUCUAGAAAAAUAAAAACAAAAAUGAAACCCUCAACUGCCAUCAUCGAUACAUCUCUCGACCUUAAUUUGAAUCCUGCACCGUACACCGCCGACGAAUCUCCGCCCACUCAUCACAGCACUCCUUCUCCAGUCAAACAAGAUCAGGCUCCAGCCAUUCUUGCCGAAAAAUUGAAUUGGAUAAGUUCGGAGAAUCAGAAACUGAAUCAGAUGCUAGGCCUGGUGGUUGAGAAUUAUAGCCUUCUUCAAAAUCAGGUAAUCGAUUUGAUGAUGAACUCCAGAAAACGAAAAGCUAUAAGGUGCGAUAAUAGUUAUUGCAACUCCAAUCGGAGCGGAUCCGAUCAAUAUUGUGGUUGCUGUAGCGACGAUAAUGAUUCCUGUUACAACAAAAGGCCUACACAAAACACUAAAUCCAAAGUUAUGAGAGUUCUUGUUCCCACGCCUGUUUCCGAUUCCACCCUGGUUGUGAAGGAUGGAUAUCAAUGGAGGAAAUAUGGUCAAAAGGUGACUAAAGACAAUCCAUCUCCAAGAGCUUACUAUAAAUGUUCAUUUGCCCCUAGCUGUCCGGUAAAGAGAAAGGUACAAAGAAGUGUUGAAGAUCCAUCUUAUUUAGUAGCUACAUAUGAAGGAGAGCACAACCAUGAAAAACCCAACUCAGGAAUUGAGUAUCAAUUAAUUGGGCCAAUUAAUUUAAGUUCAAACCUUGAUUCUUGUGGUAUUUCAUCAUCACCUUCUUCCUCUAUCAAAUCUCCAUCAUUAAGGCCUUCUGUUGUAACUUACGAUUACUUAAACAAAUCCCAAUCAACCACUGACUCACUUCCACCACCUGAAACACCCUCAUCUUCACCUUCAUCUUCUUCAACCCAAAAGCUUCUAGUUCAACAAAUGGCUACCUUCUUGACCAGAGACCCAAAUUUCACAAGAGCCCUUGCCACUGCCAUUACUGGAAAUAUAGUAGAUAAAGAAAUCUGGUGAUGAUCAUAAUAUUAUAUUCUUCAUUUUGUACUCAACAUCCUCUCCGUGUAGUUUAUUUAGUGGAUGUAUAUUAUGGACGCAUUUUUUAUGAUGUACCAUCUAAUAAUAUUUUUCUUUUAUUUUGUGUUUAA